AUGCGAUCCAUUCUCGCCCGGAGUGCUGUGCGGUCGCGCACUGCUGGUGUGCGCGCUCCCGCCAUUGCGUUUGCACGUGCAUUGCAUGUGUCUCGUGUACCUGCGUCGCAGAGUCCAUCGUCUCGUGACUUGGCGGGAGAUCGUGAAACGAUUACUCGCCUACUGUACUCGAUUGCCUCGCGCAAUGAAGUCGAGCGGUACUUGCGUAUUUUCAGCACGGCGAACAAGUUUGCCGUGAUCAAGGUCGGUGGCGCGAUCCUUACGAACGAGCUGGAUGACUUGGCACUCAGCCUGACGUUCCUGCAUCGCGUUGGUCUCUACCCCAUUGUGCUGCAUGGCGCUGGCCCGCAGCUCAAUGAGAUUCUAGAGCGCGAGGGCGUUGUGCCCGACUACUCGGAUGGUAUCCGUAUUACCGACGCUGCUACGCUGCGUGUGGCCCGCCGUGUGUUUUUGGAGGAGAACCAGAAACUGGUGGAGAAACUCGAGUCGCUGGGCAGCCGUGCACGUCCCAUCCCGUUGGGUGUAUUUAAUGCGUCGUUUUUGGACAAGGAGCGCUACGGUCUUGUCGGUAAGAUUGAGCGUGUUGAUAAAGAGCCGAUUGAGAGUGCGAUUCGUGCCGGAUGCCUGCCGAUUCUUACAAGUCUGGCGUUGUCGGAAGACGGCCAGAUCCUCAACGUCAAUGCCGAUGUCGCUGCGAGUGAGCUAGCCAAGGUGUUGGAGCCGCUGAAGAUUGUGUACCUCAACGAGAAGGGCGGUCUCUAUCAUGGCGCGACAGGCGAGCUGAUUGAGUCGAUCAACUUGGAUGAAGAGUACGAUGAUCUAAUGAAGCAGGAAUGGGUAAAGUACGGCACGAAGCUCAAACUGCGUGAAAUGAAGGAACUGCUGGACCAUCUCCCGCGCUCGUCGUCCGUGGCGAUUAUUUCUGUGGACCAGCUGCAGAAGGAGCUGUUCACGGAUAGCGGUGCUGGCACAUUGAUUCGCCGUGGCUACAAGCUGUUCUCGUCGCAGUCGAUUGAAGAGGUGGGUCCUGAGCGUCUGCGUAGCUUGCUGCGUGAGAAUGAUGAGGAUGUGCGUGAGAACCGCAAGAGCGCCGCGCAAAUCUUCUCGGAGCUUUCGCGUGCACCGUACACGAUUUACGGCGACGAGGGUCUCGAGUGCGUGGCCUUUGUCUCGCAUCCCCCAGGCCAGGUGCCUGUGCUUACGCGACUGGUCAUGACGCGCAAUGCAAUGAUGAACAACAUUCUCGACAACAUCUGGACGAUGAUCCGUCGUGACUACAAGCGCCUUGUGUGGACGGCCCGCGCUGACGACGAGAACCGCGCUUGGCACUUUGAGCAUGCGGACGGUAGCUUCACUCGCAACCGUCGCAGCUUGUUCUACUAUGGUAUCCAGGAUGUCUCGGACGUGGAGCAUGUCAUGCGCGAGCUGGAGGACCAGCACCGCGUGGAGCGUGCGUACCUGCCUCUGAACAUGCGCAAAACCACGCCGGGCUCGCAGCGUGGCUUUGCGACGCUUGCUCGUGCUUCGCAUACGCGUCCCCAGAUUGCGUCGCGCGCACACGCAGCGCUGACGACGUCGCGUACGUACGCCACGGACGCAGCCCCGAAGCGCGUGGCGUUGAUUGGUGCGCGUGGCUAUACAGGCCGUUCGCUCGUGCAGUUGAUCAAUGGCCACCCCUCGAUGGAGCUGUCACAUGUGAGUUCGCGUGAAUUGGCUGGGUUUCCGCUGGAAGAUUACGACAAGAGCCAAGUAUACUACUCGAACAUGAGCCUGGACGACCUGAAAAAGCUGGAGAGUGGCCGCUGUGAUGUCCCGCCGCCAGAUGCGUACGUCAUGGCAUUGCCCAAUGGCGUGUGUCGUCCGUUUGUAGACGCAGUGCGCGAGGGUGGGGCGGGCAAGCCACAAGGCCAUGGUGUGAUUGUGGACCUCAGUGCGGACCAUCGCUUUGAUGAUGCGUGGACGUACGGCCUCCCUGAACUGUACUCGCGUGCUUUGAUCCGCACGUCGAAGCUCAUUUCGAACCCGGGCUGCUACGCGACAAAUACGCAGAUGAUUCUCGCACCGCUCUUGCCGUACUUGGAUGAGAAGCGCCCACCGACAGUCAUGGGCAUCUCGGGCUACAGUGGCGGCGGUACGAAGUCGGGCGGUCGACCCGCGCCUGGUAAACGUCCUGUGACGCUUCCCAAGAUCGACCCUGCGUCGCUCGAGCACAAUGUGCGUCCAUACUCGCUCACGGACCACAUCCACGAGCGCGAAGCACGCUUCCACCUCACCAAGCUGAUCGACGGCCAACCGGUCGACGUGGCCUUUACGCCGAUCGUAGCGUCGUGGUUCCAGGGCAUCAUCUCGACGGCUAGCAUUCCUCUUCGUACGCCUUUGACGGCACGUAAUGUCAAGGAGCUGUACGAAGAGCGCUAUGCGGGUGAAAAACUGGUGCAAGUGCUACCGCAGGUGCCGGAAAUUCCUGAUAUUGCGCUCCAGCACGGUUUCAAGGUCGGUGGUUUCCAAGUGCACUCCUCCGGUGAUCGCGUUGUGGUGGUGGGUGUAAUUGACAACCUCCUCAAGGGUGCUGCGACACAGUGCCUCCAAAAUCUCAACUUGGCCCUAGGCCUGGAUGAACAUGCAGGUAUUCCAUUGUGA